GUUGUCUCCAUGGCUUCUGAGACGACCCAUCCUAUCACUUCGCUUUUCAGUAUGGACGCAUACUGUCUGUACUGGAGCAGCAGAUUGAGGUGGAAACCGCAACACAUGAAUGCCACUAAUGCUGAUUAACAUUUGUCUCGUCGUGCUCUGAAAGCACUUGGGCGUCCUCCCCGGUCGUAUGAGCGCGUAGUAACGAAAUAUCUUGAUGGCGUCGAUUUCUCCUUGCGACCGGCCUUCAAGAACAAGCCGUCUCUGGCUGGUUGCCGCAUUCCAUCGUCUUUUAGAAUCAUGUACGUUGUUUUGCCUGCCCGUACCCAAGUCAUGUCUGCUUGUCGCUUGUAAAAGGCGUCUGCAGUCGUCCUGCAGAGCUCACAGGGGCUCCCUGUCUGUCAUCACUACGGGUGUGGUCCCCACCACAUCGCAUCGUUUUGUUCGGCGGGGGGCAUCAGUCAAUGCCAUGCAAAAUGGCAUUGCGACGCCAACGGCCAUUCCCAUCGAGUUUAGUUGUCCCUAAGACGUCAGCGUCCGAGUCUUUAAGUCGUACUCCGUUGAGCAAACACUACGCACCUUUGAUCAUGCCAGCUCAUUCCCACUUAGAGCUCCGCUCUGCCCUGGGUAUCCUUGACAUGUUGGCCAUCCGCACUUCAACGGUAGUACAAGCAAAUCGUUCGACCCUUUCCCCAGCCUAGUCCACUCCCCGUGCUAAUAAUCGCAUUCACGUCACUUCCUCUCAUUGCCUGGCAACUCAUAUAAGAGUCUAUACCUCUUCCUCGCAUUCCACUACCCGUCUGCCCAUUGAUUCACAUCUCACCUUGUCCGAUCCGUUGCUCACUACGCCAUACAACCAACUCUCUUACAUCUUGGACAUCAACAGCACAAUGAGUGGAGCUGGUGGUUUUUAUAAGUACAGAUGCAAGUACUUCUAUACACAUAACUGCCCCAACUGGGUCUGGGUGAAUAACGCGCCUUGCGCAUCAUGUCUUGCUGAUGGGCGCGAUAACGAAGAAUCUUCAUUACCAGCAUGGGGACUAUCUCGAGAUAUUGUUGUCCCACAAGUUCUCGACGGCAUUCUUCAAUAUACUCUAAUGGAGCUCGUAGCUCCCUCAGAACCUGGCGACGACUGGACUCUUCGGGACAAGGCCAGUCGGCCACCACCAUCAAUUCCCGUAACAAGCGCUAUGCCAGGUAUACCGAGCAUCAUGGCACAUCAUCGAUUUUGAGAAGAUCUAGUGUCCUCUAGGGGCACAGAAGCGUCACCUCUGAGAGGGUUUCUUCAAUUGCGACAUUAGGACGCCAGAGCUGGAAAUAAUAAUCGACGGGCAAAGACUGAACUGGACUUUUGAGUGCCGACGGCAACAGGGAGAUAGGUUGGCAUGCCUCUCUCGUGACCGCCGACCAUUUGCAACGCGCCAUUGGGCGUAGGCAGUGUACGAUUUUUGACUGACUGCGACGCUUGACAUUGGAUGGAGCGGGAGAUUGGUGGCUGGAGCAAGACCGCAAGCAAACAAAACCCCCGCGAGAUACCCAUGCGCUGUUGAACCUUUCUGGAGACGGGGGACUCCAAUCUGGAAUUGUUAUUUAUUUUGGGAUUCUUUUUUUUUUUUUUUUUUUUUUUUUUUCAUUCGGACAUCAUCAUGUAACAGGCGCGAAUGAGUUUCACUGGGUGGCAACAAUUGUUAUCUGUUUGGCCGUUCUGGAGCCAGGAAAUUGAUUUCUGACCUCUUCCUUCGUGGAAAAGGCGAGGCAGUUUUUGAUCUCAUUUUGUUUCGAUUCAUCAUCUGCUAAAAACGCACACGACAUGUGAUGUGAUGCUCAGGGAGCAUUGGUUGUGGUUGACCUGCUGCUGAGCGGGUCAGUAAUGAGUUCUAGGCGCACGAAAUCAUGUCAAGGAAUCAGAUCAAGGCGCCGCGGCCAGGGCUAGGUCGUGAGAUGUGGUGUGCCUCGGAAAGAGAGCUCGUCUGAUGAUCCUUGUCUGGCUGCAGGACUUAUCAGUCGUUGUUUGUUUCGGGAUGAGAUACCCCACCGAUAGAGAUUGUCCAACAAGGCGCACGAGUCUAAGCUCUAAUAUUAAACCGACUUGAACAGCCAUAACCAUCACGGGAGCCGCAAUUGUUUGUGGGCCGAAGAGUGUCAAGAGCGAUGUUGGUUGUUGAAGAAAAGGCUUGGAGCCGCAGCUGAACGAUGCGUUUCUGCUAGACCCGUGGACCGUCGUAGCACUUGACUUCGCGAAAAGCUAUGAAUGGCGUUUUUGCUCUUCAGACGGUAAACUUUUUUCGAAAGGGACCAAGUGCAACAGUUUCCACCAGUCUCCACGUGCCUGCAUCUUGUGAGGGUGGUGCCAGUAGCUGGUUAGGGGGCCAUCAAGGCUGAGCUACCAGUUGUACCUGCAAUUAGCAGAGGAUUAGUUGAGUUUCGGUGAUGAGGUAAUUUGACGCCGUUGAAAGACGGUUUGUUUUAGAACAGACUUCCGGCCUCGCUUACUCCCGCGGACUGCGGAUCGUCAGGAUCCCCGAACGACGGAGGCACAGUACGUAUUGCAUGGACAGACAGACAAACCGCGUAGCCACCGAAACGCGGUUCGACGUGCAGAAUGCAGAAGUCAGUGCUAAGCAUGCGGCUUGUUUCAAACUGACCGCGGAUGAAUGUACCUGCUUGUAGCAUUGUUUUCUCUUCAGUACCUUAGCGGCAGCAGUGGAGAAGAAGUAUGAGUGAGAUUGAAGAGAUUGAGAUUGUGGCUUCUAGGUGGAUGCGACGACGGGAGUGGGGAAUACGAAUAAUGACAAGUGAACAGUCAUCUUUGGGUGUACUUGCCUUUUCUCAAGUAAUCCAAUAAUGGGGCCUGAGCCCAGAAAAUGUUUGAAUCAAGAAAGAGCUCAGGCGGGGAGUUUCCUGUAGGUCUCCGUUCUUUCCGGCCUGAAUGAGCAGUCUGUGGUCCAGGAACAUGCUCAAUUGGCGAUGGGAGAGACACCUCAGACACGGCAGCUACGAAUUAGUGCUUUUCAACAUCCACAACACCAUUAUCAAAUAGGAUAUGAGCCGCUGUCAACUGGCUGAUCAGGGGGAAACAGUCUCCACUAGCGCCCGUAAAACUUGACCAGUCUUUAGUAAGGUAGGUAUGUAUGUUUUUCAAGGUCUAGGGCCUUUGGAAGCUUCCAUCCAUUCAACCGUGAGUCUUUAGUUCAACUUUUGAGGGAUGCCGCUGUGUCAUGUGUAGACUCCCUUCUAGAAAUAGCUUGGUUACACACACCUCACACCUCGCUAAGAUUGACGACUAGGUAGCCUCAAUGUCUCAGCUGCGCGGGUAUCAAAUAAGAUCCUAUUGGACAAUUCCUCAUGUUGAAUCACAGCUCUAAAAGCCGAUGGCCACUCUCAGCCUCGCAGAAGUGUCCCAAUCG